UUGAUCGUGGAUACAACUGACGCUGAACUGUGUACGUUAACACUGUCAGAUACAUGUGUUCAGAUUGUAUGGCCGCUGAGGACUCCGUGAAGACCACUACUAAAUUAGUUGAUCGUGGAUACAACUGACGCUGAACUGUGUACGUUAACACUGUCAGAUACAUGUGUUCAGAUUGUAUGGCCGCUGAGGACUCCGUGAAGACCACUACUAAAUUAGUUGAUCGUGGAUACAACUGACGCUGAACUGUGUACGUUAACACUGUUAGAGAUACAUGUGUUCAGAUUGUAUUGCCGCUGAGGACUCCGUGAAGACCACUUCUAAAUUAGUUGAUCGUGGAUACAACUGACGCUGAACUGUGUACGUUAACACUGUCAGAUACAUGUGUUCAAAUUGUAUGGCCGCUGAGGACUCCGUGAAGACUACAGCUGCAGUAUGUCCUCUGCUGUUCGCUCAUUUUGGGCAGGCUAGAUUCACACCUGAUGCGAGGACCACUUUGUUUGUUUGUGAUUGAUGAUGAGAGACAUCAGAGGAAAGUGAACCGACUCCGUAGUGCUACAGGGAAGAAGGUCGCGACAAAGAAAUAAGCAACACCAUGGCCACGGAAAGCACAGAUGUUCUGUGUUGUCGCCAGCUUGACAUGGGAGAGACACAUGACUUGUCCAUGUCUACAGAAUCCCCCACAGCUGCUAAGCCCGCUGAAGGGUCUUCCUCUGAUUCCACACAUAUAGCAUCCAGCUUAAGGACACAUUCCAGCAUGGAUUUAUCUCCAGACAUCUUCCAUCGAAGCUGUAUACACAAUCCGCUCCGUGACUGUAACAGCUCAGCCUCUCGCAGCUUCACCGUGGUCAGCUACAACAUCCUUGCGGAGUGUCACAAGAAGCUGGGUGACUACCACCUGUACACAGAGGAGAAGUUCCUCACGCAGGAGUUCCGCCAUCAGCUGUUGCUGCAGGAGCUGCUCUACCUGGACGCUGAUGUCAUCUGCCUGCAAGAGGUAAAUCCCAGCUACUACAACAAGCAUCUACAUCCAGCUCUGCUCAAACAUGGAUAUCAAGGAGUCUUUAUCAAGAGGACACAGGACUUCUUCGAUGAAGGUGAAGCAACAUUUUUCAGAACAAAACGAUUUUCACUGGAAUGCCAUAAAGGAAUCCCUCUGACAGCAGAUCUAAUAACGAAGGUGGAAGGCGCAGAACAGGACACGUUUCUCUGGGACGCUGUUAAGAAAUACCUGGACCGCUCCGACGUCAUCAGCGUAUGCACGCUUCGCUGUAGCAACACCGACAAGAAGCUGACUGUAGGCAAUGUACACGUCACAUGGGAUGACCUGAGGUGUCAAGAUGUGCAGGCGUUACAGAUAGCCUCUGCAGUCAAGCAUGUCGUCCUUCAGGCAGGAGGAGAUGCUUUCCCUCACAUAAUCUGUGGCGAUUUCAACUCGUUCCCAACAAGUGUUGGCUAUCAGUUGAUGUGUGAUGGCUCCCUUUUAGACACUAACAAGGCAUUUCUGACAUCAGUUAAAAACAUAAAGAGUUCAACAGGGCCUAAAUCUUUGAUUAAUUAUCUCUUGGAGGAAUUCAAACACACUUCAUCGAACAUAGCAAGUGCCUACAAAACCUGCCUGGGACAUGAACCUGAGAUCACGUGUCGUGACUACUGCUUCACUGGCUGCUUGGACUACAUCUUCUACGGCAGAGUGGGAUUGGGCGUGGCCGACAUCCUCGGGAUAGUGGACAGCUCGGUUAUUGACAAGAACGGUGGACUCCCCAACAAGGGCUUCCCCUCCGACCACGUGUCACUGAAGUCAACCCUCUACUUUAAAUAGAGUGGGAAGAAGACAAGGUGGUUCAAGAAGUCUUCCGAAGAAAACUUGUCAUCUUCACUAUAGAUCCACAUGCUUACUGAAUAUAGGACAAGCACCUAUAAUAGUUUAGUGUUGGUCACAAAUGGUAUUUACAAUGUGGCAGUGAUAUUUACAUUGUAUUGGAACUCUGCUGGUUCAGGAAACACAACUGCUGGGUUCAUAUACACAAUUUCAGCUGGAAUGUUGGAAAGACAGGGUGGAUUGUGGAAGUCAGAACAGGGUACAUGCCAAAAAACUUGUGAUACAGCAAUGGCUGAUGGUACAACACUUGUUAAGCUGUGAAACAGAAAUCUACCUUGAGCAAAACCUAUGAUGACUUUAUGAAAGUGGUUCUAAGAGUUACAAGUCUGAGUGUUGAUCAAUGGAAAUUGUAUUCAAGUAUUAUUAGUGUAAAAUUCACCAGCUGGUUUGAAGAUGUG